UCGUUAUUUUUUCCACAAAAGCUUUUCAUGGGGGCUAGGCGAUGGGGAACGUUUCUCCCGGCUCUAGGCGCCUGGCUCGUUGGGGCGCACUGAGCGCCAGCCGGGCCUGGGCAGUCACGGGCACUGCUCCGGACACGGGGCCUGCUGAGCACCCGCUGCGCCGGAAGAUUUCCCGUCCGAGCAGCUCAAAUGCAUCAUAAACCAAGGGGGUUGUUCAUCGUUCUCUGCCCUCUGCCAAGAUGCAAGUAUGGACAUUAUAGCCUAUGAUGAUUACUCCAGUCCACCGCUCCAGAGAUAUUGAAAGGAAACCUGAAUACCUCCAGCCAGACAAGUGUGUUCCACCUCCUAGCCGCGGUUCCAUGGGAACGAUGUGGUUUAUUCGAGAUGGCUGUGGUAUUGCGUGUGCUGUCGUUACCUGGAUGCUGGUGUUCUAUGCCGACUUUGUAGUCCUUCUUGUCAUGUUAGUUCCAUCAAGAGAUUAUGUUUAUAGUGUGAUCAAUGGCACACUGUUCAACACCUUGGCUUUCCUCGCUUUGGCUUCGCAUUUUCGUGCUAUGCUGACAGAUCCAGGUGCUGUACCCAAAGGUAAUGCCACAAAGGAGUUCAUUGAGAGUUUACAGCUAAAGCCAGGACAGGUGGUUUACAAGUGCCCAAAAUGCUGUAGCAUUAAACCGGACAGAGCACAUCACUGCAGUGUUUGCAAGAGGUGUAUUCGGAAAAUGGACCAUCACUGCCCGUGGGUCAAUAACUGUGUAGGAGAGAAUAACCAGAAGUACUUUGUACUGUUUACAAUGUAUAUAGCACUGAUUUCCCUGCAUGCUCUAAUCAUGGUGGGAUUUCACUUCUUGUAUUGCUUUGAAGAAGACUGGACAAAAUGCAGCUCCUUCUCUCCGCCAACUACAGUGAUUCUUCUAAUCCUCUUGUGUUUUGAGGCUCUCCUAUUCCUCAUCUUCACCUCGGUAAUGUUUGGGACCCAAGUACACUCCAUCUGCACUGAUGAAACGGGUAUUGAGCGUCUUAAAAAUCAGAAGCCAACCUGGGAAAAGAUCAGCGGCUGGGAAGGAAUGAAAGUGGCGUUCGGUGGUGCUUUCUCCUUGGGUUGGUUCAACCCUUUUUCAAAUCUGGACUGUAAAAAACCACCAUCGCCUGAAGUAGCAGCAGCAGCCCCUGCAUCUGCAAUUAUGACCCAAGAAGAAAUUGAGCAAUUUCUAGCUCAAGACGUUGCAGUCCAAGUGUUACAUGAAUAAGCAAAACAUCUUCCAAGAUGUCAAGGGACAUGCUCAGGUUUUUUUAAUAACUCUUUGUGCUGAAGAUUUAGGGGAUUUUUAAGUGGAUUUAUGGUGCAAAAACAAAUUCAGGAGUAUUUAUCCAGAAGUCAGGUACAACACUAGCAGAAGCAAUGCAAAUCUCCAGAGAAAGCUUUAUAGAUGAUGUGAUUCAUAAGCUCCUUUUCCUACCCCUGUCGAUUGCUUUAUUGAGCUUUUCUUUCCUGGCCUUUAAGGAAAGUUCAUAAUUGGACAGACUGGUUCCAGCUGCUGGAAAUGUGCGAUUGUAACCUAUUUAUCUUUUGUUCUUGUAACCUUUUGGAGGGCUAAAAGAUAAGCACUGAGUAAUGGUCAGAUUAACCCAGCUCUUAAGGUUUUUUGAAAAAUGCUUUUUUUUUUUUUUUUUAAAGCUCUUCCUAUAGAUGCUGUCUCUGGCUUAUGAGAGUGGGGGGGAGUUCAGACCUGGGCAGAGGUGGGGGCGAGCUUAGCCUGGGUGUGAUUCCCUUGUUUGGGCUCCAAAAUAUCCCUAGGGGUAAAUAUAGCUCCUGGGGUUGCCCAGGACCCAUGGUGCUUGGCAGAGCGGUGCUGGUGCCAGGUGGGAGUGUGGGCACGUGGCCACAGGGUUGGGGAGGCAUCCGUGGAGGUGCUGCCCAGCCAGCUCCUUGCUCAGGAGGCAAGCAGGGGAGCUGGACCACAGCAUCUGCAAUUCCUUGGCACCUAGUAACUGUUGACGUGGGAGGCAUCUGGCCUAACUUUGUAACCCAAAAAGUAGGCAGCUGCUCUAAACCAGCCAUCUGGGCUAUUUCUGCAGUCAAAGAAGAGGGGGAGAUUUGAGCACUCUGCUUUUGGAAGUACAGACCAUCUCUCUAUUUGGCUUAAUUUAGUUUUUUUUUUUCUUUCUUUUCCUUUCCUUUUUUUUUCCUUUGCUGGCCAGACUUAUCUUACUAGUAUUUGACAUUAUACAGUGCUUCCUUAAGCUAAUUUUGCAGGCAACUCAUGAUGAACAUUGACUGUCUUUACUGGUGGCACACUACUUUGGAGUAGUUCCUUGCUUAUGAGAAUGGAAUACGUAGAAAGCACACGCGCUGCCUGAGAAAGAUGGGAUUGCUGCAGACCGCAGUAAUUGCUGCAAAAUCGUAAAAAGAUGGCACUACCUGUUGCAUUCAAAAAGUUACAGAUGUUCUGCAUAUUCCAGAUGUAACUGUAGUUUUGACUUUGACUGUAUUUCAAAUAUUCUUUUUUUCAUGUCUUCCACCUUAUCUUAAUUAUCAGGAAAAUGUGCAGGAUCUUAGAAAUCACAUGUUGCUGGUUUUCCACCCCAGGCUGUGUUUGAUUUUGUCUGGCCCCACCUAGUAACAUGGGAUAAAGAUAAUUGCUUCCUUUUGGAAGUAAGAUAAAGGAUUUGGGGGAUGAAGGGGUGGAAUUGGGAAAGACCUAGAUUUAGGGGUUUUUUAUUUAUUGAAGCAAUACCAAAUGGAAUUUGUGUACAUUUUUUUUUCCAAACCGGCAUCUUAAUAGGUAUUAAUGGUGUGACAUUCAGAUAUAUCACUAAGGCUUGUCCUCUGCCACUGUAGUCCCUUUUUCCUAUGAAGGGACUGUUAAUAAACUGAGUCCGGUGACUGGUGUGAGCACAACUUGGCUAGAAAACGGGGGAGGUUUCCGAACUGUGCCCCCCCCAUAUGUUGCCUCAUUUUAGCUGAAGAACAGAUGAAAAAAAAAUCUGUAGGAAACAUGUAUUUAUACAUAUGUUGUAGUUAAAGAAAAAACACCAUAUCUGGGGGGAAUUGAGGUGUCCCCGCUUGUCAUUUAGACUUGCUCUGUAGCAGUGAGAUGUAAGGGAAGAGGCUGUCAUGCAGCACCCAGCCUGCACCUGCCUAUCAGGGACCCCUGUAAAGGGACAUUGGGGCAAAAGCAGCGCUCUAAGGGAUUCCCUACAGGGAGAAAUAGGAAUGUAUACGCAAACUUAUUAGAAAACUAAGACUCCCCUUUUAACUCAUGUUUCCUAAUUUUGGUUUGUGGUUCAGCCUCUGCAUUCAGCUAACCUCUGUGCCUCCGUUGCCGUAUCUGUAAAGUGGGAAUGGUGUUAACAGACCCUGGGGGGAAAACUAAAUUAAUGCGUGAAACGCAGAUGACUUUGAAAACAGAGCAUUUUGAGGUAAUUUGAUAGUUUAUCCGUGGUGGUGAUUGUUAGAGCGACCUGUUGUUGCUGUUGUUUUUCUCAGAGGGGUUAGGACUGCUCCACCAGGGACAGGAGCCAGGAUCAGUCACGUGUCCCUUGUUUCCUGCUGGGAAGCAGCGGUGGUGCUGGCUCUCUGAGAAAAGGCUCUGUGCAGGUGUCCGCUCCUUCAAAUAAGCCCCUCUGACAGCAGCCUGGCUCUCCAGCGGGCUUCGGAAAAAUCCUUUCCGAAGGGCCGGAAAAUACAGGGAAAGCUUGCGUGGCCAUGAGCAUGCUGAACGCCGGCUCGGGUGAGACCGCGCUCUAUUCGAUAGCACUUCUUGGGACGUGACCACCACUUAGGUUGCUUUGGUUACAUGCGGAUGGAGACGGCACAUUUUAUUCUCCGCUCUCAGACCUGGUUUACCUCAUUGUGGGGAUUUUUGUCCUUCACUUGUGUUUUCCUCCUCUUGUGUUGGCCCUCAUGUACUGGCCUUCCUAGGCUUUUUUCUUCUUUUAGCUGAAAAGCGGUGUGAAGAGGAGCAGGAAAGUGAGAAGAGCCAUCUCCCCCCUUCCUCUUCCCCCAAAGCAGUCCUCUGUUUUCUGACCCAGCUGAUAGCCCAAGAGCAGGAAAAAAAUGAUGGAAUUGGAAAAUUGUCUCUGAUUAUUUUUCUUUGCAGUGACAAGACAGGGGAAAAGUGACUGGUUUAUCUGGGGUUACUCAGAAACCUGUUUCAAAAAGCUUCUGUCAGGGAGCAAGUCGACUUCUUGAGAGCAAAGAGAUUUUUUUUUUUUUUUCUCAGCUGAACCUGUAGGCUGUGAUUUAAAUUCCCAUGAAGAAAUGGGUUCUCCACUCCAUGGAGGAAUUCCAGUCAAAAUGAGAGACAAGGGCCAUGUCCCUGUGCCCUACACAGAGCCGUGGGGAACCAAGUCCAGCCACCUGCUCUGGUGUCCUCCAAGGCUCAGCUGGGUCACCCUGGUCACCUCGGUGACUUCUCAGGGCCAGCAAAUUGGCUGUUCUGGGGUGUUUCUUGGCUGUCAGUUGCCUCCUUCCCGACCCUCCCUCCUCUCCCCUCAAAGCCCCAACAGCCCUCAGGCUAUCUCCUGCUCUGCUUCAUCUCAGUGUAGCGUGGCAAAAAGUCCAGAAUUGCAGCAGUCUUCAUGAGAUGCAAAAAACUGUUUUAUUCCUAGGUUGAGCAUAACCUUCCUGCAAUUACUAGCUGGUUGCUUGAGACCAAACAUGAUUUGCAUGAAACUGAAACCAAACCCACCACUUUUGUCUUCUUCCAUCCACGUGCUUGUUGCCCCUUUGUUAAAUUGUGCCUUAGUCUUCGGACCAGAUUACUUGAUUGCUGCUAUGAAUUUUCUUGUUGUCAACAGAGCUGUGGAUCACUGGAAAGGUCGCUGCCUGGUAAAGGGCAUGCAUCACAUCUGGCUUGUAGGGGAUGAGACUCCUGGUGAAUGCCUCACUGUGCCCACGCUGUGUUGUAACGUGGGACGCCCCAGGAUAAUGUUCUGCCCCACCAUGGUGUGCUUCAAAUGAAGGAACUGUAAAGCUUUCUGGACACACGAUCCACUGAAAUCUGCUUGAGAUCAGCUCACUGCUUCAGUAUAAGUUUUUGAUGAUGGAGAGGAGCGUGACAGAUGUGGAAAGUACUCCUGUGCUUUAUAUCUGGUGUCUUCUAAAGCAGUUUCUCUAUGCAAGUAAAGAAUUUACAUCUCUUACAAAUACAUAUAUUUUGCUACUUGUAGCUCAUUUUAUGCCUCCAAUUGCUACUGUAUUAAAGUAUUAAUACUUCCAUCCACUAAGAA